UCAAACAAAACAUUUGUCUAUGGUAUUGUUAUGUUAUCUGUUUUCUUGCUCUUUCUUUCUUGACACAAGUCAAAAUGAAGAUCGGACUUUGCGCCUACAGUGGUUACAAGAUCUACCCUGGCCAUGGAAAAACCAUGGUUAAGGUAGAUGGCAAGACCUUCACAUUCUUGAAUUCAAAAUGUGAAGCUGCCCAUCUAAUGAGAAGAAAUCCCAGGAAAGUGACAUGGACAGUCCUUUACAGGCGUAAAUUUAAGAAAGGGCAAGAGGAAGAGCUGGCAAAGAAGCGCACCAGGAGGACGCAAAAGUACCAGCGUGCAAUUGUAGGUGCAUCCCUCAGUGAUAUCAUGGCCAAGAGGAACAUGAAGCCUGAAGUGAGGAAAGCCCAGAGGGAACAGGCUAUCAAAGCUGCGAAGGAACAGAAAAAGUCCACUAAAGCAGCCAAGAAAACCACUGCACCCCCCACAAAGGCUAAGGCGGCACCCAAAGCUAAAGCCGCUAAAGUAAGUCAGAAGUCUGCCCCCCGUGUUGGAGGCAAGCGAUAAGAACUUUGAUAACAAAUAAAAAAAAAUAAGAAAAUA